AUGUUGAGACUGGCUAGAAUUUUAAGCUUCAUAUGGCUACUAUUGGCCAUAUCUACUAUGGCUCAAAGCCCUCCUGUGCUUGAUGCUGGAGGAGAACCCCUCAGAAGCGGUGUAGAAUACCUUGUAGACCCUGCAGUAGCUGAUGUUGCUGGUAGUUUAACUCUAGUGGCUCGCAAUGGAUCUUGCCCAUUUUAUGUUGGUCAAGAAUCUGCUAGAUCCGGUCGAGUGGGCAUUCCAGUCAGCUUUACACCAAUAAAUCCUCAAGAAACUAUCAUCACUGAAUCUACAGAGGUCACUGUUACAUUUUCAGGUGCCUCAACUUGUAUUCAAAACACUUCAUGGAGUGUAGGCGAGGAAGAUCCACAGACGAGGAGGAGAUUUAUUGUGACUGGAGCUGAACCUGCCUACUUUCAAAUUAACAGCAGGAAUCAAUUAGGAGGUUCCUAUACUUUCCAAUGGUGCCCAGCAUGUAUAAACGCACCACAUUAUGCAGGUAUUCUGAUUCAGAAUGGAACGCGCUUUUUAGUCCUAGAUGGUCCUGAAUUUACUUUUAUGUUUGUCAGGGCUAGUUAG